CGACCGGCCCACCAACUAGUAAAUGCCGAAGAGUCCACUAUAAAAAGGGGUGAUGCAACGCUCAGUCAACAACUGUAACUUUCUUAACAGGACAGAAGAGUCUCACACCCAGGAGCCGAAUAAAUGCCUUUCACCGUCUAACACAAUUUCUUCACUGAAAACAUAAUCAGUUUUUCAUAAUGAUGCUUCAGCAUCAGGGAUUCAGCCUGUCCGAGAUCAGCGCGUCAGCCUUUGUACCCUGCCUGUCCCCACCUGGAACACUCACGCUCGAGGACUUCACCAACUUCACUCCCCUGGUAAAGGAGGAGUUGCGCUACGCUAUCCAGCACAGGCGGCUGUCCAACGGACUGAGUACCGAUAUCAUGAGCGACUGUGCAAGCUCAAGUUCAGAAAGACAGUCCGAAGCCACAAGUGUCAAGAGACAGGCGACCCCGGAGGAAAGCGAGAGGAGGAAAAGAAGACGAGAAAGAAACAAAGUAGCUGCUGCCAAAUGUAGGAAUAAGAAGAAGGAAAAAACUGAUUGUCUACUAAAGGAGUCUGAGAAACUAGAGUUGGUGAACACUGAGUUGAAGGCCCAGAUUGAGGAGCUGAAGAACCAGAAGCAGCAGUUAGUCUACAUGUUGAACCUCCACCGGCCCACCUGCAUCGUACGGGCCCAGAACGGCCAGACCCCUGAGGACGAGAGAAACCUGUUCAUCCAGCAGAUCAAGGAGGGAACCCUGCAGAUGGGUCAGCUUGAUCACCGCCACACUCCAGUGUCAACCGCUUGUGGCCAUCUCUGAUCCACCCACUCUGGGGUAGUAGGGUACUACUUAGACACUCAAGCACUCACCUUCCCCUGGCUACUGCACUCAAACCUGCAUCAAGUGAAGCCUUCUGUCAGGCCAUCAAAGCAAAGGAGCUUUACACGUUUCACUCUUCAACAUAGUGACUGCAGCUGGGUUGGUGAUAAGAGGAAGGACUGGACAGCACAAGGACGGACACCCCGUGUUCCACCUAGGGUGGCUUGGGCUGUUCCGGCACAUAGGGCGAAUGUCAAGGCACUAAAACAUAGAUACAUCUAAUGUAUUUAUUGUUUCCUUAAAUGUUUAACACUUUUAUUUGAGGUAAAUUACUCAUUCUCUAUUUUUGUACUAAAGCAUGAUGUCAAAGUGGUAAAGGCACAUGAUUUUACUGGUCAGUUGAGAUAUAUGCUUGUUGAGGGAAAAUACUACUUGUAUAAACUAUCUUUAUGGCACACAAUACAUGUGGAGAGAUAGUAAUGGCUGUGUACUGUGUGCGACAUUGAUAGCUGUGUUAUUACUGUCAUAUUGAACGUUUUUCGCAUACAUAGUAUGAAGUGUUUGCUGUUAUUGAAUAUAUUGUGUAUUAGCUUUGGCUAUAGCUCACUUUCUUCCCCUUUGACUUGCCUAACAAAAACCUCUGAAGCUGCUACUACUACUAACUCAGACUCUACAGGUAUAGUUCAUAUCACAGGAUCCCUCUAAUAAGAGGACAAUAUAGGGAGGAGUGCAUGUAAUGUUGAUUCACUUAGAUAGCAUUUCAUUUAACUUACUGACAGACAAUGGCACUGUUAGCCCCAGGAACUCCUUUCUUGAAAAUCAGUCAUUACAUUUCUGUAAGCUGUAUUCUGACUAGACCCUGAUUUCGUCGUGAUCUGUAGUAUUUUCUCUGAAAUGUUGAAGUUAUGCUUUGUGUGUUUCCUAUUACAUUUUGUUCACAUGUAUAAAAGUGUGUAUUUACUGUAUAACAUAUAUGUAAACCAACUUACACCUCCCUAUUGUCUUCAAAAAGGUGUUUGUUUUGUGUUAUUGAAGCUGGACAUAUAAAAUAGAACCACUAGGUAUAAGUAGCUAGAUAUCUAAGUGGAAUUAUUUAGCACUCUGCUUGUCUGAGGUUUUCACUUUGAAGUCUUGGAAGAUUACAUGAAUUGCCUCAGUGUUUGGCUGCAAUUACCAAGUCACUGCCAAACAACCACCUUCCCUCUCCCCUCAGUCCUUUGUGUAUGCUGCGACGUCCUCUGGGUAGGCUCAUUGCUCAAACAACAAAUUUUUAUGAUCAAUAGUAGCUUCUGUCGCUAUAUUUUGUAAUGUCUCAAAAUAACAUGUGUGGUUUAUGGUAAGGUAGUGUUUAUCUGUGUGUGUUUGUGAGUAAACGGUUGAGAGGAAGACAGUGAGAGACGCAGGCGUCCAUGUGUUUUAUUUGUUUUUGUGUAGUUCAGUGUUUCAUGUUCAAACAGGCAUGCUAGUCAUUGCUGGGGGCUUACUACUGAAAUACUUCAUUUGAAGGAUGACACGCCUGUUUUAUGUUCUUCAAUACCUGUCUUGUUUUUCUGUUUCACCUUCCAUUUUUUUUCUCUCACUUAAACAUUGUUCACUAAAAGUAUUUGAGUGUAAUGCGAAAUGUCACAUUGUAUCAAGUCCGGUAAAACCACAAGAUGAAACCAAUUAAGUACUCAAUUCUAUUCUGUCUUUUGAUUUUUCUGUUUUUGAUACUUUGUUAAUAAAUAUAUAUAUACUUCAAA